UAAUGUCCUCUACUUCACUGCUGCAUAGUCCAUUCUGUGGCGUUCUCCGGCGUUGUAUGUUGCACUGUGCCAAAGCCAUACUGAACACUAUUGUUUUCCACCAGUCUGUUAUUCUUUCCCCCGGCAAUGUCAUGUCACCACCCUGGCGCAUGAGUUGAUAUGGUCUUGAAGUGCAUAAGGGUGGCUCAUGCUAUUCACGCGAAUACUGUAAUAUCCUGUUCGCACGACAUGUAUGUAUAUAUAAUCUCAUUGGGUAGGAGCAGAACUAGACGGGAAGUUUUAUCUUAUGGAUGUUAUGUCUUCCGUUCGCUUCUACAUCAUACUGAAUUAAGUUGCGCGUCCAAUAAAUACCCUGUAGCAACCGACUCCGUCCGAUUGAUGGAUUCAGACCUCUAAGCCAAACGCCGGAAUCCCCGAUAAUAUGAAACAGUGAAUAUGCAUA